GUUGUCUGAUUACGGGUGGGAAAAGUAAUGCGCCUGCCGGGAUCUAAAUACUGACUUGGCUUUAUAUAUUGAAUAAAAACAGGAUCUUCAGCAUGGAUGAAGGAGAAUUGGUCGAGUAUUUCAGGAAGCAGACGAGGCAAGAUCCAGAUGUGGCCUCCGCAGUGGCAGCUAUACGCUCGCUCCUGGAGUUCCUGAAGAGGGAUCAGAGUGAGACCAUCCUGGGCUUGAGAGAAAACCUGACCAAAGCCAUCGUCCGACUAGAGGAGGCUGAUUCCUCGGUGGCUGUGUCUUCGGGAGGAGAACUCUUCCUACGGUUCAUCAGCCUCACAUCACUGGAGCAUCCUGAUCUCUCUCAGUGCAAGAACGUCAUGGUGGAGAGAGGAGAACUCUUCCUGAAGAAGAUUUCCUUGUCCCGAGGCAAAGUGGCCAAACUCUGCCACACCUUUAUUAAAGACGGAGCUAAAAUCCUCACACAUUCGUCAUCGAGGGUCGUCCUGAAGGUUCUGGAAAGCGCAGCGGCCGAUAAGAAACGUUUCACCGUCUACGUCACCGAAUCGCAACCAGAUUCUGCCGGUGAACACAUGGCUGAAAAGCUGCAGAAGCUCAAUAUUCCAGUCACAGUGGUGCUCGACGCCGCAGUUGGAUACAUCAUGGAGAAGGUGGACCUGGUAAUCGUCGGUGCUGAAGGGGUCGUCGAAAGCGGCGGCAUUAUCAACAAGAUUGGCACCUACCAGAUGGCAGUUUGCUCCAAAGCGCACAACAAGCCGUUUUACGUGGUGGCCGAGAGCUUCAAGUUUGUACGUCUUUACCCUCUUAAUCAGCAGGACGUUCCUGAUAGAUUUAAGUAUAAAGCCGACACGUUGAAAACGGCAGAGGACUUCAACAAGGAGCACCCGAUGAUCGACUACACCCCGCCGUCGCUCAUCACUCUGCUGUUCACCGACCUGGGUGUGCUCACCCCCUCGGCGGUCAGCGACGAGCUCAUCAAGCUCUAUUUGUAACGCUUUAUCAACAGUCACCUGACCUCGAUGCAGGGAUGAACUCGUGCGUGAUGUUUCCGUUUGCCUGGGAAACAACAAUGAAAAUUGUUCACUCGUGCUUGUCCUGAUGUGAAUAUUCAGAUUGCCUUUAGACCUCCAUCCUCACUUCAUCUCUCCUAUUAUAAGAAUAAAACGUGAUCCUAGAUUGAUGAUGA